AUGGCAGCCAUCAAUGGGCAUCAGAGACAGCAAGUGGCUGAUUGCUUGGCUGAGACCUUUCCCAUUCUUGCGUCCGAAGUGCAGAGGAGCUUCCAAGAUGGUGAGCCUGACAAAGUGGGCCUCUGUCUAUCUGGAUUAGUUCGGAUAGCUGCAACUUUACCAGCUGAGGGCUCAGAGGCUGCCAGUUUUGUAAGGGAAGUCAUAUCUCCAUCAGCAGAAAAUAUACUCUUGGUAUGCCAAGAUGAUGGUUUAGAGUUCUUCGAAGUUGCAGCACCCUUACUGCAACUAGAGGGUGGAGAAGCUUGGACAAAGCUGCUCCAGUACUUAGCCCUGGAAGGUUUGCAAAAGCUUCCAGAUAGUCAGGAGUCAAUUUCGCGCUUGGUUUCCAUCUUGGAGUGGGCAGCAUCAAAGGAUGGACACAUUUCGUGCCCGCCCUUUUUCGACUUCGCUGUCCAGGAACUGAGCCAACGAAUGGGCGGGGCACUUGCAACACCUGCAGACGUCAGAAAAGCUGCGAAGCUUCUGAUGUUUGUUCACCUGGAACGUCCAGAUUUGUUGCCUGCCAGUGCAGCUGCUAUCGCCAAAACAUCAUUGAUGGUACAACCAACAGAUUUACCUGAAGUGGCGCUCUCCUUAUCCGCGAUGGCAGGGCUUUAUCUUCGGAUUGCGUCAUUGGGAACUUCAACGGCUGAUGUCCAGAAGCACAAGGCAAAUGAGAGCAAUGACGACACAGCCGUACUGGCAGGAAGUCUUGAAGUUCUGUCCCAAACAGCUCAAGGUCUUUUGGGUCCAACGAACUCACAAAGCGAUGCCGCCUUCUUAGCGCUGUCAGCUUUUGCACAAGCUUGUCGCCAUGGCAAUGAUUCAGAUCCAGUUCGUCGAAGAGUGGUCCUGUCUGGGGUACAGCUUCUGGAUGCAUUGUGCCAGGCUUGGACCACCGCUUGGAAUGAAAAGCCGGAACUGCUCUCGCUACAACAGGCACAUAUCUUUGUGACCUGCGUACGCACCUUUUGCAUCGGCAAAGGAGCACCAGCACCGCCUCCUUCCACUUUGCAGGUUUUGGAUGUGGUGCUUCAAAGUAUCACUGCUGCAAACCACAAAGAUGCUCGUCUUUGUCUCGCCGUGUUGCAGGAGAUCCAUGGAGACCCGAUCUGUCCGCCACUUCUGAAGUCUUUGUUGGAAGCGCAAGGGGUGAAGGGAGAGAAAGGAGGAGAGGGAGCAGAAGGAGGGCUCCGACAGACAGAUCAGCAGCCUGGUGCUCGGGAGCGAUUGAGAGCUUCCAUGGCAUCAGGCAGUGUGGCGUCGCAAAGUCCUCAGGGAGGGUUUCUACGCCGGAUCUUUGGAUUUUGA